ACCAGCAGACCAGCAGCUGCACCUCAGUGACUCCACUCUGACCCCCCCACUGCGUUUCAGUUAGUGGGACCCCUGAGGCAGCCUGCUCGAGCCACCUCUAUAAAUAAAAUCUUCCUUUUUUUUUUCUCUUCAAAUUGACUUUUACAACAUUGACACAAUGACAGAAGGGAACAACGUACCUGAAGGUGAUGCGGCAGAGAGCACCGUGGUGCCGGCGGAGGAGAAGCGUCCGGAGGAGGCGGCGGCGGUGGAGGAGAAGAAGGAAAACGGGGACAGCAAAGUGAACAUCCCGGAGAAGGAGUCCGCGCCAGAGGCAGCAGCGGCGGCGGAGGCUGAGUUUGUGCACCCGGAGGGCGGCUGGGGGUGGGUGGUCAUGCUGGCCUCCAUGUGGUGCAACGGCUCCGUGUUCGGGAUCCAGAACGCCUUCGGGCUGAUGUUCCUUUCCCUGCUGAAGGAGUUCGGCUCCGUGGAUGACCAGGACCUCCGCUUCAGGACAGCAUGGGUGGGCUCCCUUUCCAUGGGGAUGAUCUUCUUCUGUUCUCCCAUCGUCAGCAUCUUCACCGACAUGCUCGGCUGCAGAGUUACCGCAGUUGGUGGCGCUGCUGUUGGCCUUGUCGGCCUCCUGGCCAGCUCCUUUGUUUCGUCCCUGGGCGUCAUGUACUUCACCUAUGGCAUUGUGUUCGCAUGUGGCUGCUCUUUUGCCUACCAGCCCAGCCUGGUCAUCCUGGGCCACUAUUUCAAGAAGCGUCUGGGUCUGGUGAACGGCAUCGUGACGGCAGGAAGCAGCAUCUUCACCAUGACCCUGCCCUUCGUGCUGUCAGGCCUGCUAGAACGAGUGGGCCUUCACAACACCAUGCGUGUCCUCUGCAUCCUCAUGUUUGUGCUGAUGCUGGCUGGCUUCACCUACAGGCCCCUGCUGCCCGUGAAACCCGUUAGCUCCCAAACAGGAGGCUCACGCAUAAGACAGAUUUUUAACGUCAACAUCUGGAAGUCUUGGGGAUAUCGCAUUUGGGCAUUCGGCAUCCCUGCAGCCCUCUAUGGCUACUUUGUGCCUUAUGUUCACCUGAUGAAUCACGUGGAGGAGCGUUUUGGAGCAGACACUAACAAAGAGAUUCUGCUCAUGUGCAUCGGCAUCACGUCAUGUUUUGGCCGACUCAUCUUCGGCAGAGUGGCAGACUACAUUACGGGAGUCAACAAAAUUUACCUGCAGGUGACUUCCUUCUUCAUCAUCGGCCUCAUGUCCAUGAUGAUCCCCCUGUGUUACAUCUUUGGCGGACUGAUUGCUGUGUGCCUGCUCAUGGGGCUGUUCGAUGGCUGCUUCAUCUGCAUCAUGGCCCCCAUCGCCUUCGAGCUGGUCGGUCCCAACGACGUGUCCCAGGCCAUUGGCUGCUUGCUGGGCCUGAUGUCUGUGCCCAUGGUUGUGGGGCCUCCAAUUGCAGGUUACCUGAGGGACACACUGGGCAGCUACGACGUGGCCUUCUACCUGGCAGGUGUCCCUCCGAUCAUCGGCGGUGCUCUGCUGUGUCUGAUUCCUUGGGUGGAGGCCAAACGCAAGAGGGCGGAGAACAAGGAGACCCUGAGGACGGAGCAGGACGUCACCCAGAAGAUGAUAGAGAGCGAGAAGGCUGUGGUAGAAUCACACAACAAAACCGGAGAGUCCGUCCUCUAAGUCUCCUCCUGAGCAAACUGAAAAAGAGACACAUGGAGUCAGACUGAGGCUGCUGCUGACCGGCAGUAUUAAGAUACUGUGUGUGUGUGUGUGUGUGUGUGUGUGUGUGUGUGAGUGAGUGUGGUGUGUGUUAAGAUUGUAACGGCUGCAUUCAGUAGGAGAAAAUGCCAAAGUGUUGAAACAUAUCAGAGUCAUAGGCUGAAGUACAGUUGAACAUGAAUGUGAUCCUGAAGAACUACGCAUCAGACUGAACUGCUCCUACAGCCGGCAAACUUGAGAUUUAAAAUGAAAAUGAGGAAAACUGCACAUUUCAUUUUUGUCACAAGGGGAAGCAUGCUGUUCUUACUAUGAACGCAGCGUGAAAGCUGCAGAUUCAGUCUUUAGCCAGCGUCUCAACUAUCAGCCUGCAUUCUUGGUAGCUGUGUGGGCUUGUUAUUCUUUACAGUCAGUUUUCAACACUACCGUAUAGUUUUAGAUGUGCAAAUGUGACAUAAAUAGAACAUAUAUUGGCUUAUACAAGAAAGGAGACCAGUAAUGUGUAGGAGCAAACUGGUCUUCUAAAGAUUUCUCUUUUUAAACCCUCCGUCUUUAUUUCUUCCGGUGUGCAUUCACACUGGACUCCGUUCUCAGUCUUGAGGCAUGCUAUAGUUGUAAAUACGGAGGUAAUCUAUUCAUAGUGUUUUAAAGGGACAUACAGCAACGAUCACUUCAGAGAAGUGUCUUGAGAAGUUUGAGGUUUUUGGAAGUUUGACACUCUGGGAUCUAUCUGUAAAAGGUGCGCGAACAAUUUAAGGGACGCAGCUCUCGGAUGCACAAUGAAUUACAAACUGUCAGAAAUGCAACAUCUCAAGACGAGCAGCUCCGUCAUCGAGGCUGGACCCAGGACAUCUUUAACAGGAUGGACUCCAGGCUUACCGCGCUGCUGUAUGCACCAUGAAAGCACAUUAUAAACUGGAGUAACAGAGACCUGAAGGGGACACCUGUGUUAUUAUCCACUCUGACAUCUUAUCGUGUCCCUGAGUUAGACUUUGCUUGCUUCAGUUUCUGCUACAUGGUGUAUAAUUUUAACAUUACAACUAUUGAAGUCCUGUUAACUUGUUCCAACAGUGGGGAGCGGGAGCCAUUUUUCCCUGCGGCCCCGUCAUGAGUUAAUCUGGUACUGUGACUUGAUUCAUGCAAAGAGGCUGCUUUUAAUGAAACUGUGCAUCUGGAAAA